AUGCAUCUACUAACGACACCAAGCAAAGCUGUUUCUGGAGAGAGUCCACCACAAGAAGUGCAAGAGGUGCAGACGACUGCAGAGGGAGGCAUCAGUGAAAAAGCACCAGAAUCUGCUUUCUGUGCGAAGAAAAUGAAAAGGCGGCCUUCUCAAUAUGAGGCUGAUGAGAGCUUGAUACUACAGAGAGAACUAAUCAAGAUUCAGAGGGAAUGGCUCGAUGUGGAGAAAGAGAGACUCGGCAUCGAGAGGGAGAGGCUUCAGAUAGAGCGUCGACGCUUGGAGAUGGAUGAGCGGGCCAGGGGAUUUUCCGCCACAUGUAAUAAUUCAGAACGCAAUGCAUCGGAAUUUCAACUCUUCAACGGUGCAUUUAUGCAAAUAUGAGGAAUGUUAAUGUGCAUUUGAUAAAUCUUUUAAUUCAUAUAUCCACUGUUUUCUUUGAUUUGCAUGUACGUACAAAACAUAAAGUUCCAUUCAUUAUGAACAGCAUAUAUGUAAGAUGUAACUGGUAAAUACAAUGUAUUUUUCCAGAAAAAAGAAA